AUGAUGGAAAUAAUGCUAUUACACCACGAUCGUCGUCCAUUCUCAGCCGACGAAUCAGAUGAUGGUUUUCGUAUUGUGAAGAACAAGAAAAAACAAAAACAAAUUGUGCGUGAUGACCCUGAAGCAUUAAAUAAUGGUGAAGAAUCUCGUGUUAAUCCAAUUGUACCUAAUCUUGAUGAUAUGGAACUUGAUCAAAAUCAAAUACAUGCUGUUAAUGAUAAUCAACAUCAUUUAUCUUCUUAUAAUUUCGUUAUUACUAAUGAAUCAACACGUUUUGCUCAAACACGGUAUCCGUUUUCACCAUUUUUCUUACGUUUUGGUUCAGGAAAAGUAACAAGUGAUCAAGUUAAAGAAAAUUUAAUUCAUCAUUCUAAAAAAUUUCAUCAAUUUGAUGUUCAUGUGAUUAACUGUCGUUCAUCUUCUAAUGUUCUCUCAGCUAAUGAAUAUGAUAUUCUUAUAUAUGUUCUAGGUAACAAUUAUCAUUAUUUUCCUUCAGCUCCAGCUAUUCCACCACAACUCUGUUUAUUAAUUAAAAAUGUUGAUUUACGUAUUGAUUUUGAUGAAUUCUGUAAUGAUAUUAAAACUAACCAUCCUCACGUUAAAAAUAUAAUUCGAAUGAAAAACAAGUUUCAGAAUGACAUCAAGAUGGUUAAACUUGAAUUAACUUCUUCCUCUUCCAUAGAUGAAUUAUUAAAAAAAAAAAGAAUUAUUGUUAAUUAUAUUUCUUAUGAUAUUAUUGAAUAUUUAGCCCCUGCUAAGGUUAAAGAAACAUGUUGUACAUGCGGUGAACAAGUUGAUGAUAUGAAAAAUCAUAUUUGUUCUAAAAUUGAAAAAUGUGUCCACUGUGAUCAAAAUCAUAAAUCUAGUUCUCUCAAGUGUUCGGUGGUCAAAUCUUUUCGUACUGAAUUAACUCGUAAAAUUCUUCCACUAAAUAAUCAUUCAACACCUGAUACGAACUUAAUGAAUAAAAAUAUUAUCUUUAAUUUAACUAAUUUUCCACCUCCUCCACCACCUAAAUCUUCAACAUUAUCAAUUAAUCCUAUGAUGGUUAAGCUGGAUCAGUUAAUUAAUAAAUUAUCAGAAAUAAAGAAUCAUCUUGCUAAUCUAGAAGCUAAACAUGAUAAAUUUGAACAAUUCAUAUUGGAAAAAAAUUGUAAUGAUGAAAUUGUCACUAAAAAAAUUAAUGAUAUAUUUAAUAACCAUAUGGAUUUAAAGAAAAAUGUUGUACAACAAAGUUUAUAUAUUGAUAGACAUGAAAAUUUAUUUUGUAAAUUGUUAAUUCCUAUGUUUGAAGAUUUAUUUUCAUUUAUUGUGGCACAAAAUUAUGACAAGAUGGGUAAUCCCCUUGAUGUGGAUCUUAAAUGUAAACUUAAUCGUUAUUUGGUUCAAAUGAAAAAAGCAAUUGAAGAUAUUAAAGGUGAAGAAAUCUUACGUAUUGUUGGAGUAUAUGCAUCUGAAAGUCAAGAUGCUAAAAAAGCAGAGAUCUUCCUUACGUGGGCAGAUGCUAAUUUUCUUGCUCCAUUUGCACCUGAAUUGUCUACUUCUUUGCGUUCGAAUAGAAUAAUUGAUUAUGCUUUAGCUGCUGAUUUAAGUAUCGAUAUUCAUAAUCAUAGUGUUUCUUCAACACUUAAUCUUCGUAACACUUCUUCACCUGCAGCGGUCUUGUUUUGGUCCAAAUGUAAAAAAUAUCUUAAACCUUUGUCCUAUACUGUACAUGCUUUUAUUGCACCAUCAGGACAUAUUAUUAAAGACACUGAAGAAGUGUGCGAAGUUGCUGCUGAUUUCUAUGAAAAUUUUAAAAAAAAAUCUAAUAUAGUGAAACCUCAUCCAUACACUGAUUCUUCAUCUAUUGAAUAUGACAAUUUCGAUGAACCUAUUCCUGAAGUAACAUUAGAUGAAUUAGUAUUCACAGUGCAAGCAAAACUAUAUUUUAAGAUCAUCAUCAUGGCUUUUACACCGUAUCAAUUGUUUCUUGCGGGUCUUAUGUUAAUAACUGGAACAAUAAAUACUUUAUCAACAAAAUGGGCUGAUAGACAAGACGCACAUUUUUGUAAUCGAACAGCUGAACCAAAAAAAUUUGAGCAUCCAUUCCUUCAAGCUCUGGGCAUGUUUAUAGGUGAAUUUCUAUGUUUAUUGGUAUUUAAAUUUAUUUGGUACUCAACAGCUCAUUAUCGUAUUGCUCAAAUGACAUAUAAAGGCGAUUCAUCAUCUACGGUUGUUCAAUAUUGGCCAAUACAAAUUAAGAAAGAUAUACAUUUACUUGAAGGUGAACAAGUAUUUAAUCCAUUUAUAUUUUGGGUAGCAUCUAUAUUUGAUAUGCUUUCAACAUGUUUAUCUUAUUUUGCAUUAAAUUUAACGACUGCUAGUUCAUUUCAAAUGUUAAGAGGUUCAGUAAUGGUUUUUACAGCUAUAUUCAGUAUACUAUUUCUUAAAAGACGAUUAACUCUUAUUCAUUGGAUUGGUAUUAUAACUGUUGUAGCUGGUUUAGUUGUUGUUGGUGUAUCAGAUCUUUUGUUUAAUAAAGAAUCAGAAGGUAAUCAUACAGGUGCUCAAAAAUUUCUAGGAAUUAUUCUCAUACUUCUGGCAAUGGUAUUUACCAGUUUACAAGUCGUAUAUGAAGAACGUUUUAUUGGUAAAUAUAAUAUUCCACCAUUACAAGCUGUUGGUUGGGAAGGAAUAUUUGGUUUUUGUACACUUGGUGUUCUUAUUAUCCCGUUUCAUUUUAUUCAUAUGAGUUCAUCAAAUACUGGUCCUGAUUAUCGUCUUGAAGAUAUACCAUCAGCAUUUUGUCAAAUGGGUGAUAAUUAUAGAAUUAUUAUUGCCACAGUUGGAAAUAUUCUUUCAAUUGCAUUUUUUAAUUUUGCUGGUAUAUCUGUAACAAAAGAGUUAUCAUCAACAACUCGUAUGGUACUUGAUAGUGGUCGAACAUUACUUAUAUGGGCUAUUUCAUUAGCAUUGUCAUGGCAAAAAUUUUAUCCAUUACAAAUUGGAGGUUUUAUUCUUUUAGUUAUUGGUAUGGGUAUUUAUAAUGGUGUAUGGUUACAUUUAUAUCGUCAAUUUGAAGCUUUUAGAAGAGGAUCAGGAGGCGAGCGUGCACCCUUAUUACCUAGUUAUGAUGAGGCCAAUGGAUUUACACCAGGCAUAUCAGAUGUUCCAUCGGCUGCAGGAGUCUAUGUUGCACCAGGCAAAGAUGCAAUUAAUGGAUAA